GGGGGGGGGAGGGCAAAUCAGCCAAUCAGAUUUCUUUUUUAUUUGUUAUCAGGUAUUAUGGUUUAGGCUUGUUCCCUUUUCUGAAAGAAAGGGUUAUACGGCGGUAAAUAUCCUUAAAGUUUGUCUGUCCGCCUGUCUGUCCUAACCAAUCAGAAAAUAGAGAUGCGCAUAUCACUAGACUAGUGCUUCACAAAUCUUAAAAAUCUUUGCCAUGACUUUUUGGGUCGAGGAAUUGAACGUUGACAUUAGUUUUUGAAAAUUUUUUCAAAUAGAUGUUUUUUACGAAAAAGAGAGGUUUUUUAGCAAAAAAAAUGUUUUUUUUAUAAAGUUUGAUCAAACGUUUUCGAGGUCGAGGAAUCGAUUGGUAGUAUUAGUUUUGAAAAUUGUUUGAAAUCAUUUUUUUUGGUAAAAAACGACGUUUUUUUCAUAAAGUUUGAACAAACGUCUUCGAGGUCGACGAAUCUGAAUCCGUGAUUAGUUUUUGAGACUGACCUUUUAGACAAGGAAAAAGUUGUUUACGAAAAAAACUGUUUCCUAUACGGUUUGGCCAAAGACUUCAGAGAUUGAGAAAUCUGAAUCCGUCACGAGUUUUGGUAAAAGUUUUUGAAAUGAGUUUUUGGCUGCGGAAGGUUUUUUAAAGAAAAUAAUGAUUUUUUUCUUAGAUUGAAGGAGAGAGAUGAUAUAACAUAAAAUAAGUUUGCAGUUCUACAUGUGUGGCUGAUUCUAAAGUCUGUCUGUAUGUUUGUGCAUCCUAGCCAAUGGGAAGACGGUGUUGGCUAGAUUGAUAUCAAAAGCUUCUGAUAGUCUAUAAAAAGCUCUACGAAAAGUAAUCGAAGGAAAAUAUAUCGAAUCUGAAUCAAAUGUGAUUUUAAUAACAAGUUAAUAAACAAUUAGGAAUUAGUUUUAUACUUUUGUUAAUAAGUUUAAUCCAAGAUAAUCGAAGAUUGAUAAGUCAAAACUCGGUUGUUUUUUUCAAAUAACUAAUAAUCAGUAAUAUAAACCGUCUCCAGUAAAACUCUACUAAAGAGAAUCGGCUAUGAGGAAUGCAAAUCUGAGGCCAGCUUUCCAAUAUAGACAGUUAUUAAUUAAUGAUAAAUUAAUGUAUCGUUGUUUUCUAUAAAGCUUGGCUGAUCAUUAUCGAGCAUGAAAAAUGCGAAUUCGAAGUUAAUCGAAGCCUUUUUGACCUUUUUAAAGCUUCUUUCAAUGAAUUUCUUGUUAUUUUAAGCUUGACUUAAGGAUAGUCGAGGGUCAGGAAUCCAUGCUCGAGAUUGCUUUUAACACAAGUUUUUUUCCUUGUUGAUUACAAAACGCCAGGUCUUUCGGUAAGAUUUAUACAUAGAUAUGUAGAAAAUGAAGUGGUCACUUGAAGUCCAGUUAUUGACUCUUCGUAGGCAUCAAAUGUAAAAUAACAUUUAAAACAGACGAAAAUCUUUUCUAACACAAUGUAAUGUACUCUAUCUGUAGCAAUUUAUAAAUAGUUCUCUUUUUUUUAGUUUCUUCUUGAUGAGGGUAUUAACAUAUGCUCAGUAAAUUUUCGAAAGGAAUUCAAACGAGAUACAUCUAUUCGCUUCAAACCUGAAGUAAUAUUGAACAAUUUAAUGGCGUUAAAUGUGGGCACGGCUAGUCGUGAGUGGCCGACCGGAGGGAGACCGACGAACGACUAGACGUUGACUAAGAAGGUUAUUUUAGAGCAUAAUUUUGAAAUGAAUCUGAAGCGGUUUAGGGAGAUUCUCAGAAGAACUUAACUAAUGCUGGUUUGAAAACAAAUUCGGCAACAUAUCAUUUUGUUAAAAAAAAAAGAAAUUGAAAACUAUGACGAAAAGUACACAACAUUAUUUAAAUGUUGGAAAUUUUUGAUUACAUAUCGAUACGUCAUGAGUGAACUAUUUUUUCUGCGCAUCCAAGUACUAAUGUGACAAAUGGUAGGCAGAAAAAUAAACCAUAUAUGGAAACGGCUAGUCGUGAGUGGCCGACCGGAGGGAGGCCGACGAACGACUAGGCGUUGAUUUAGAAGGCUUAUCGUAACUAUAAUAAGUGAAAGCUGAGGCACCUUCAGAAAUUGUCAAAUGAUCUGAUUCUUGAACCAAAAUAAUUCCUUAUUAGACAUUUGACGUAAUAUAGUCUAUCCAGUAAAGGAUUUGUGAAUGCUAGCAGGGCGUUAUUUGCUUGUUGUGUUGUAAGCAAAUAUAGAUGUAGUUGUGCCGUCCUAAAGGUUUCAAGAAGCUGUGCAGAAAACUAUAAUUUUGAAAAAAAUAUGUUUUUUUCAAGUUAUUCUGAUUUGGGGUGGUGGCCACUUGGUCAUGCUACUGAACUCGCCGAACAAACGGAAACAACUAAACGACAUCUAAUUUCGUUUUCUUAAAGAAACAGUCAUAUUGCAAUACAUAUCCCACUUAAAAAGCCAUAAAUGUUUCUCUUUCCGUUUUAUACAGAAAAGUCAGAGUUCAGGAUAAGAAAAUAUGACAUCCCAAACAACUGAAUAUGAUCAUAUAUCUGUAUUAAGCUUGAUUAGACUUAGUCAAGGAUAAGCAACUGAAAUUCGAGGUCUGCUUCUGAUGAUGGUACAAGAUUUAAAUGUAUAGCGAAUUAUUUAAGGGUGCUCGCUCUAGAGAAAUCUAGUGUUGAAAGGCGGCUAAUAUUUUUCAAAACAUCUGGUUUUUGGUUCUUCAACUAUAUUAAGGUUCCUCUACCCAGAUUAUUUUCAAAACGAUAGAGUUCGAGAAUGUUCUUUAUCACAACUGGUUUAAACUCUUUAAAUUUGAUGAGUUUUUUCAAAAAAACAAGUAACGCGACGCAAACGUCGCUAACCCUCUACUGAAAGGAUGUGAUUUCCUUGAACAUAUGGCACUGACGAAGAAGAAGACCAUAGAACUAGUGUGCUGCUAUGCAUCUAUAAAAAGAUAAAUAGUUCUCGUCACCGUGGCCCGCUUGCUAAUUGAUUGGAUUUGAUUUAACCAUCGUGGGGUGUGAAUGUGAAGUGUGGGUGUGGAGUGUGGGGUGUGGAUAUAGAGUGUGGAUGUAGAGUGUGGGUGCUGGGUGUGGGGUGUGGGUGUGGGCGUAUGUCUUCACUUCAUCCAUACUCAGACAUAUCCCACACCCACCCACCCACCCAUACCCCACGAUGGUUAAAUCAAAUCCAAUCAAUUAGCAAGCGAGCCAUGGUGACGAGAACUAUUUAUCUUUUUAUAGAUGCAUAGCAGCACAUUAGUUCUGUGGUCUUCUUCGUGAGUACCAUAUCUUCAAGGAAAUCACAUCCUUUCAGUAGAGGGUUAGCGGCGUUUGCGUCGCGUUACUUGUUUUUUUAACCUGAGUUGAUACAAGUUGACAAAAAUUGAGUGAAAUCUCACCAGCAUACUCUAUGCAAAUGCUUAAGAGAUAGUUCGGCAGAUCUGCAUUCAUCAUUCAGAAAAUAAUGUGAAAAACAUCCUCAAAGAUACAUACUGAAUCCUUAAGGUUCCACAAAACCAUACAAAAUUACGUUUGACAUUUGUUGUUCAGCAUGCUUCUAACAAGAUAUAGAUAGAAUCUUCUCAGAAUUUUCUCAGUUUAGGAGUUUCACAUAGUUUAUUAUUUCAUUACUUAAAUUCUUCUCCGAUAUUCAUAUAAAUAAUCAUCCUACAAAAAGAUUCUGCUAUGUUUUUCUAUCAAAAGCUUAGAUCGAAUUAGUAUCACUCUUUCUUUGAGGAUCUCCUUACAGUAAUCUCCAGGUGUUGUUUUUACGAUCAAAAAGACCUUGACAAGAACUAGAAGUAACAUAGAUGUAAGAAUCAUUACCAAAUCCUUUUUUUCUCAUGAGAAACUAGAAAAAUACUUGUGUAUUUUUAUCUGCGGAACGAGCAUUCUCAAAAAUGAAUGUCAUAUUUCUAGCGCUUGCUCUCACGAGAUCCCUUCGACAACGACGAUUUCUUUUCUUUUUUGUUCAUUGUAGUAAUUCCUAAUAUUCCAGCCGAUGCCCGAUGGAAACAGAAUGCGACGACUGUUGCUGGAGGUCAUGGACAAGGCAGUACCAACAAUCAACUCAACUACCCUUAUGGUCUCUUCGUUGAUGAUGAUCAAACGAUAGUCAUCGCUGACUACUGGAAUCAUCGUAUCAUCCAAUGGAAGAUGGGUGAUACGAAUGGACAAGUAGUAGCUGGUGGCAAUGGCUACGGAAAUCGAUUGGAUCAAUUGAGUAAUCCAACCGAUGUAUUGAUCGACAAAGAGACGGAUAGUCUCAUUAUUUGUGAUAUAGGGAAUCGACGAGUCGUACGAUGGUCUCGUCGUAGUGGUACAACUCAAGGAGAAAUCCUCAUCGACAACAUCAAGUGUUGGGGAUUGGCCAUGGAUAAUCAGAGAUAUCUCUACAUCUCUGACUACGACAAACAUGAAGUAAGACGAUAUCAAAUAGGAGACAAGAAUGGAACUCUUGUGGCUGGUGGCAAUGGCGAAGGUGAUGGUCUCAAUCAACUCAACACGCCGAGAUACGUCUUUAUCGAUCAAGAACAGACUGUCUAUGUGCCAGACUACAGCAAUCAUCGUGUAAUGAAAUGGAACAAAGAUGCAAAAGAAGGAAUUGUCAUCGCUGGAGGUCAAGGACAAGGGAAUGCUCUGACACAAUUGUGGUAUCCUAAUGGACUGUUCGUCGAUACAUUGGGUACCAUCUAUGUGGCAGACUCGUGGAAUAAUCGAGUGAUGCGUUGGGCUAAAGAAGCGAAACAGGGCACUGUCAUUGUGGGUGGAAAUGGUGAAGAAGAAGGAGCAAAUCAGUUCAACGGUCCCGUUGCUUUGUCCUUCGAUCGACAUGGCAAUCUCUAUGUCGUCGAUUUCGGGAAUAAUCGUGUUCAACGAUUUUCAAUCGAAUAG